AAUUCUCCCAAUCCCCAAUGGUGAUCGGGCAAAAGAAGGCCAAGAGCUGGAUCCAAUGGCCAUGCCCGCACCGUCUGCUCUGCCUCUGCGCGCGGGAGCACUGCGCAUUGUUGGCCCGCUUCGCCGCCGUCGCCGCCGUCUGCCUCCUCCUCGUGGCCGCCUCCUACUACGCGCUCUCGUCUCCGGCCGACGGCGACGUCGACGGCGAGAUGGGCCAGAGGUUCUUCGACAUAUGGCGCCGUCGAUCAGCGCAGGCGCGUGCCUACGACUACCACGAUGAUCUGGAGGCGGCGCUGCGCGGCGCGGCCGACGCGAACAGGACGCUGAUCCUGACCGUGCUGAACAAGGCGUAUGCCGGGGAGGACGGCCUGCUCGACCUCUUCAUUGAGAGCCUGAAGCAAGGGGAGGGCACCGAGGAGCUCAUCAGCCACGUGCUCCUUGUGGCCAUGGACCGGCCGGCCUUCCGCCGGUGCAGGAGCCUCGGCGGCGUCCGGUGCUACCGGCUCCGUGCCGUGGCGGCCAACGGCACGACCGGCGACCUCUCGUCGGAGCAGCUCUACAUGUCGGACGGCUUCAUACGCAUGAUGUGGCAGCGCAUUCGCCUCCUCGGCGACGUUGUCAAGCACGGCUACAGCUUCAUAUUCACAGAUUUGGAUGUGAUGUGGCUGAGGAACCCCUUCCAGAGCCUGAACCGCACCGGCGAGGAGGACCUCCUGAUCAGCUCCGAUAGGUUCAACGGCAGGCCGCACGACUACCUCGGCAACGAGCUCAACACCGGAUUCUUCUUCGUGGCAGCGAGCAACCGGACAGCGGCGCUGUUCGACGAGUGGCACAAGGCGCGGGACGAGUCGGCAGGCAUGAAGGAGCAGGACGUUCUGAACCGGAUGAAGCGGCGCGGCGCGCUCCGCCGGCUCGGCGUGAAGGCCCGUGUCCUGGACACGGCGCGCUUCAGCGGCUUCUGCCAGGACAGCCGGGAUGCCCAGAAGGUGGCCACCGUACACGCCAACUGCUGCCGGACGAUGAGGGCCAAGGUUUCCGACCUGAGGGCCGUCAUCGGCGUCGCCAGGCGGCUCAACCAAACGGCGGAGCUGAGGUGGCCGGCGCACUCGGAGUGCGCUAAAUCGUGGAGGUGAGACGAGAAAGCAUUCAUGGGAGGUUCUUCCGUUCUCUCGUUUCCAUUGUAGGCUGUAGCGUUGUAUUAGUGCUUGUUAGUACUACCUUACUGCUCGUAUAUGUAAUCAGAACCACACAGAUGCUCCUCUGGAGCAUAGUACAAAGAAACAUGCUUCUCUUUAAGGAAACUGCUACUUUAAACACAUCUCUUGAAGAAAAUAGUAUGUAUUCUCUCGUUGAUAUAAACUGCCCCCUCUUUCCAAUGUUUAACUUUGACCACAUAUAUUUCUUAUAGAUUACUUUGUUCAUGGUCACAAAAUCAGAACAACUGGAAAUGCUUUUAUACCAAAUUCCAACGUUAUGAAUUUUG